GGCCUUCCAUGUUUCAUCAAACCUUGGGUGGCCUUUUAAUUUGCUCUUUUGAUAUUCUCCAGCUGGAAUUUUGUCGACCGCUUGAUUAUUGGUAUAAACCCUUCAUCACCGCCAGCAGGGGUUUUAACACAACACCUCUAUGAGCUUGUCCUGCAACGACAAUGAAAACUUAUUUCCUUCCAUUGAACGCAAAAUUCAGUAAAUUAUACGCCUAAUUUCUAAUUAUAAAAUCACUCUUCACCAAGCCAACGCCGCCGUCUGGCUGUUCCCAACCGCAACCGGCGAUUCGACUCUGUUGAUAAAUAAAACAUUAUUGCGAAGAAUGAUAGCGGCAGUAUCAUGGGUGCCAAAGGGGGCAUCAAAGGCUGUGCCUGAUGAAGCUCAACUUCCCCCAAAGGAAGAAAUUGAGAAGAUGAUAAAAAGUGGCGCUUUAGAAGAGGAAAGUGAGAAUGGUCAUAGUGAAGAGGAGGAUGAAGAUACAGAUAUUGAGGAUGUUGAACACACUAAUGAAGUCACACAAGCUUUAGUUGUAGCAGAUGCACUUGGCAAAACUUCCAAAAGCAAGAAUUCAGGAACCAAAUUGGAUGAUAUAGCUGAGGGCUUGAAGGAACUUGACAUGGACAACUACGAUGAUGAGGAUGAAGAAGUUGAGCUAUUUAGCAAGGGGCUCGGUGACCUUUACUACCCAAGUAAUCAAAUGGAUCCAUAUCUGAAGGACAAAGAUGAUGUGGACUCUGAAGACCUUGAGGAUAUGGUCAUUAAUGCGAAUGAUUCAGUUAUAGUUUGUGCAUGUAAUGAGGAUGAUGUCAGUCAUCUGGAGGUCUAUGUCUUUGAGGAAUCAAAUGAUGGUGACACAAACUUAUAUGUUCACCAUCAUAUCAUCAUUCCGGCAUUUCCUCUUUGCAUGGCUUGGCUUGAUUGCCCACUUAAAGGAGGAGAAAAAGGGAAUUUUAUGGCUGUUGGCUCUAUGGACCCUUCCAUUGAAAUAUGGGACCUUGAUGUUAUCGAAGAAGUACAACCAUGUCUCAUCCUAGGUGGCAUUAAUGAGGAGAAGAAUAUGAAGAGGAAGAAGAACAAGAAAGGCAAAAAGUCAUCCACUGAAUACAAAGAAGGCAGUCACACUGAUUCAGUUCUAGGUCUUGCUUGGAACAAGGAGUUCAGGAAUAUCCUAGCUAGUGCAAGUGCUGACAAAACUGUUAAGAUUUGGGAUGUGGUUGAAGGAAAAUGUAGUUUUACCUUGGGGCACCAUACAGAUAAGGUUCAAGCUGUUGCGUGGAAUCAUUAUGCUCCCCAAGUUCUUCUUAGUGGAUCUUUUGAUCGCUCAGUUUUCAUGAAGGAUGCAAGGAUAUCUACGCAUUCUGGUUUCAAGUGGUCAGUUGCAGCUGAUGUAGAAAGCUUGGCAUGGGAUCCACACACUGAGCAUUCAUUUGUGGUGAGUCUUGAAGAUGGUACAGUGAAAGGGUUUGAUAUCCGAACUGCCAAAUCAGAUCAAGCUUCAGAGUCACAGCCAUGUUUUACCCUGCAUGCACAUGACAAGGCUGUUUGUAGCAUUUCCUAUAAUCCAUUAGUAACCAAUCUUCUUGCGACUGGAUCCAUAGAUAAAAUGGUGAAACUUUGGGAUCUGUCAAACAACCAACCUUCAUGUGUUGGAUCCAGGAACCCUAAGGCAGGAGGUAUUUUUUCAGUUUCCUUCUCAGAGGAUAGUCCAUUUUUGCUGGCGAUUGGAGGAUCCAAAGGAAAUUUGGAGGUAUGGGAUACUUCAUCUGUUGCCGAGGUGUCGAAAAGGUUUGGCAAAUACAGCAAGCCUAACAAAGCCGAUAUAUGAUCAAGUGUAACAUCUCUUUCUAAGAAACCAAAUUUUGUUUGAUUUCUAGUACAAAUUAUAGUCUUGUCUUUUAAGAUUCCAAUUUUUUUUUGUUUUACCGUACAAGUUAUAAUGUUUGAUGUUAUGUAUAGGAAGAUAAGUAGUUUUAUACUUGUUUUGUCUUCCUGAAAAUGUUCUUGUUUUCGUCUGAAUUUAUUAUAUAUUUGUUAUUAAUUUACAUAAAAUGCAAGCAAAAUUUGAAG